AUGGCGAACUCGAUUACCGGCAAGGAUUGUAUGAUCUCAGAAUGGAUCUUGCUACUUGCUGCAUUUGCUCUUGUGGGCUUGCGAGUUUAUACACGCUUGUUUGUGCAGAGGCAAAAGUUGAGAUUGUCUGAAUAUGUGCUUCUGUUCUCGGCCUUGAUUGGUCUGGGACUUAUCAUUUGCGACACACUGACUUAUCGACUUGGAGUCAUGGAUGAGUGGGAGUCUUCCGUCACGUUAUCGAAGAUCUCAUUCGCAUCCAACUACUUUUACGAUUUUGGCAUGGGCUUCCCCAAGCUAAGUAUGCUGACCUUCUACUGGGGUGUCUUUCCCGCCGACAGACCUGCACUACGCAAGGCUCUAUACAUGAUCACCGCCUACCUAUGCCUUGCUUACACAGCCAUUCUCUUUGACGACACCUUCUACUGCGGAACCCCCGUUUCAGUCCAAUGGAGCCAGGAAGAUGGAGCAUGCAGUGUGUUUUACGCGGAACCGCCAUUCUACUUCAACACCGCAGUCAACUUGUCAAGCUAUAUCUUCAUCUAUGGCCUUCCUCUAUUUUUGCUCAAGGGAAUGAGCAAGGAGCACAAGACUGCUAUUUACUUUACCUUUUCUCUGGGUAUCGUGCCCGCAUUGACGACGUUGAUUCGCUUUGUCACACUCAACACCGACUCUAAUGAGCCCAACUUGGUUUAUAUCUUGAGUAUGGUUGAGAUGGCCACUGCUAUCGCUGCUGUAUCGGUGCCUGGAUUGAAGCCUUUGCUUGAUAGACGUGUGGCGGCUGCUGCUGACGACCAGUCCUUUGUCAGUGGAGAAUUUGUCCGAGAGAACAAGCAUGACAGUGACGUUUGA